UUUCCCAAGGUCUACAACUAAGACAAAUUGACUUGAUGGAAGACUGUGUUGCCAAAACAUCAACAACAUUGUCCAGAAUGAAUAAACUGCUCAGAAAGGUUUGCAUCAAGGCAUUGAGGAAACUGAAAAGUAGAACAGGUCUAAGAGUUGGAGGGAAGUCAAGGGAGAAGUUUGUGGCCAUAGAUGAGUCUAAGUUUGCUCACAAGAGAAAGUUUAAUCGAGGCCGCUUUUGUACUACUUGGCAGAGAAGAAAAGGUUGGGUGUUUGGGAUGAUGGAGGUUAAAGGAGCUCGCCGCCUACCAUUGUUAAAGAUGGUAAAGGACCGUUCCAGGAACACGUUGAUGCCCAUUAUCACAAAGCACAUCAGAAGAGGGUCGACUGUUUAUAGUGACAAUUGGAGGGCAUAUCUGAAUGCACUACGACCACUAGGAUACAAACAUCUAACUGUAAAUCACAGCGAAAAUUUUGUUGAUCCCCAAACUGGCUGCCACACACAGCAUAUUGAACGGGCCUGGCUAGCCAUCAAGGCGCAGGUAUCAAGAUUCAGGGGUAACAAGACUACAAAAUUAUUAAGGGAACACCUGAAAUUCAUCCAGUGGCACUAUUGGCUGGCAAGAAGAAAUAGGAAAGGUGCCUUGGCACAGCUGAUCCAUGACAUUAGAAAUGCAUACAGGUUUAGAUUUAAUUAAAUGUGUAUUAUCCCAGAUUGAUUCUGGUGAUCAUUCAAUUAUCUGAUCAUGCUGUUACAUAGUUUUUAACACAGUGAAAAGUGUUUAAUAAUUAGUAUUCAAUUAAUGGUUCCUAUGAAGUUACCAUGUAACUACACCAGUGUUACACAGUCCCUAUGGUUUGAGCUUUACAUAUUAUUGGUCAAUAAAGUGUUACUUUAUAUUAAGUAAACAAUUUAGUGGUUUUACCAUGUAAUUAUUAUACACAGCUGUUUUCCAAAAGAUUACAUGGUAACACUUUAUUUUACGGUGUCUUAGUUACACAUGUUACAUGUAAUUAUUAUAGUAAUGACAGUUAAUUAUGUAUCAUUACAUGCAACUAAUCCUAAACCAAACCCUAAUCCUAACCCAACCCUAUAGUAAGUACAUGUUGUUCAUGAUUAUUACUUAGUACUUAAAUAUAUAAAUACAGUGUAACAGUGGUGCCGUUAAAUAAAGUGUAACCGAAAGGGGACAGUUCCUGAGGAGUUACUCUGUAAGUACACUGGUAUUACAGGGUUAUACAGAGGUUUAAGGUUUACAUAUUACCAAGUUAGUUGUGAGCGUUUUACACUUUAUAUUAAGUGGACAGUUCCUGAGGAGUUACUCUGUAAGUACACUGGUAUUACAGGGUUAUGCAGAGGUUUAUGGUUUACAUAUUACAUAGUUAGUUGUGAGCGUUUUACACUUUAUAUUAAGUGGACAGUUCCUGAAGAGUUACUCUGU